GAAGGACACACAGAUUGAUAGCUAAGCUUGUGUUUUUCUCUUACUGCACAUAAAUCGACUACUCUGGCGUUGCAGACUUGUUGUUUUCUUGAUAAACUGUUCCACACUCACAUGGCCAAGGAGUGUUUCCAAUCAUUUUAAUGAUGCUAAUUGUUCGUAAGAGGUUUGCCACAGUGGCGGGAGGUCUCCUUGAAUGACAUGAAAGACACAUGAAAGUUUUCCGGGCUUUGUUCAGCGUUGCCUUGACAUGUAACUUCUCUGGCUCUGAGUCAAUAACACCAUGUGAUUUCUUGUCAUUCCCUGUCCCUGCUUUUAACAGGAGUCAUUUGUCCGGCAGCGUCUGAUUUAGAGAAAAAGUACUCAGGGCUCAAACUGAAUUACGAAUAUAACAACACAAUGUUCGUAUUUAGUAUUUAUGAAUAAUUGGUUGUGUUAAAUUACAUUUUCAUGUCACGGUCCGUCAUCUUUUAAGGGAAUUAAAGGUGCUGUUUGUAAGAAAAGUCUCACUCCCAACACGGGGAUGGCAGAUGGCUGCAAUUCUAACGCUUCACUGGGCUCCAGACAGAAUGAGUGAGCCUCAGACCUUCGUGAAGCUCAGCAAAGAGAAACUUAUACCAAAGUCUGACAUCUUAUCACUGCUGAGGACCUACAACUGUUACCACGAAGGGAAAAACUUCCAGCUGAGGACUCGCGAGGAGGAUGGAGAGCUCAUCCUCGAGGGGUUGCUGAACAUCUACUGGGGUCUGCGCCGACCAAUCAGGCUUCAGAUGUACGAUGACAAUGAAAGGUUUCGUCUCAACAGAAACAAUGUGGAAAAGGAGUUAUCACCAGAGUCCAACAACAAUCCCCCUUGCAGAGAGACUGGACCAGCUGAUGGUGACGUGGUCGGUCAGGAGGAAGAGGACUCUCCUCAGCUGCUGAGGACCAGGAGUGAUGCUUCCUUCAUGCAGAUCCAGAGGCGGUCGAGGACACACACUGCACGCGACUUGCAGCGCUUGCGCACGCACCGGUUCUCAAUCAACGGACACUUCUACAACCACAAGACAUCUGUGUUUACUCCAGCCUAUGGUUCGGUCACUAACGUGCGAGUAAACAGCUCCAUGACAACUAUACAAGUCCUCAACCUGCUGCUACACAAGUUCAGGGUGGAGAAUAAAUCUGAAGAGUUUGUCCUUUACAUGGUGCACGAGUCUGGGGAGAGGACCCGACUGAGGGAUGGUGAAUACCCGCUGGUGGCCCGCGUGCUCUACGGACCCUGUGAGAAAAUUUCCAAGAUCCUCAUCACAGAGGCCGACCUGGGAGAGGAAGUCACAUAUGAUGUUGCCCAGUACAUAAAGUUUGAGAUUCCCGUGUUGGACAGCUUUGUGGAGAAACUGAAAGAGGAAGAAGAACGUGAGAUAAACAAACUAACCAAAAAGUUCAGUGCUCUGAGGACUAUGAUUCAGCAUCAGCUCGAAUGCAAAGCUAACACCAGCGACCGAGAAUGACCGUUACUGUAUGCAUGUGAACCUGUGUAGUGUGUGUGUGUGCGUGUGCGUGUGCGUGUGUGUGCUAAGCGAGGGGAAGGGGUGGGUACAACACUAAUGAUUGUUGAUUUACGAUGGGAACUUUUUUCCAGUUGCUGUAGUAGAAUGUGGAGGUAAAGGUUGAAGAGUAAAAUUAAAGGCUGCAAUAGAACCGUAGAACUUCGUACACCAACGUGCUUCUACUUUUAGAAUUACAUAUCUCAACAGUUUGUAUGACCUGUUUUUUCAGCAUUACUAUUACCAUGAUGUGUGUCACUGCUCUGAUAUCUUUGCAUUUUGUAUGACAACUCUAUUCUUACUGCAGAUGUGGAUAUUUAUACAAGCUGUUUUUGCUGAUGUUUUCUCCUACCUUUUUAUGUAAUAAAUCAAUUUUAGUGUGGCCUUCAUAA